GCAGUCAGAAUUGGAUGGCAGAAAUGUAAAUUCGAGCAAACCAUCGUUAGCUGACAAUGAAAUGCGAAACCCAAAGUCACGCUAGACUCGGCACUAGAGUCAAAAACGAAACAGGAGUCUUUCUUAAAGACUUUUCUUCAGUGACUCACAAAAGCUCUCUCCCCCUUUCCUUCCUUUCUCAUUUCCUGAUGAAAUCUCAUGUCUCACCCAUCUCGUGAUUUCUUCUAAGAAACUGCUUUAAUGUCAAAUCUGGAGUCUCUCUAAUCCUUUCUUCACGGUUUGAUUACUUCCCUCAAUCAAAAAUUUGUGCCUAUGGAAACCCCUUGGAAGAAGCAGAGAUUGAAAGACACGGCUUUAUGUCGUUUAGGGAUUCUCGUUGCAGUUACGGUCUCCGUAGUUCUCAUGUUGGUCUCUUUACCCAGAACAGCUUUAAACAAUCCCUUCUCCGACAUUGAUUUUGCACCCAAGCUUAAUGUGUCACUGCUAAGUGUCGCCAGAGGUAAUCCAAUCUCGGUUAGGCUGCAUAAGAGGAACAGUUCCCCACCGAGGAAUCUGGAUCUGUACCCGAAUCUGGGGAAAGACCGUGUGGUUAUCGUCUUGUACGUGCACAAUCGUCCUCAGUAUCUUCGAGUAACCGUCGAAAGCUUAUCCAAAGUCGAAGGGAUAAGCGAGACGUUGCUGAUCGUUAGCCACGACGGUUACUUCGAAGAGAUGAACAAGAUCGUGGAGAGUAUCAAGUUCUGCCAGGUGAAACAGAUCUUCUCGCCUUACUCUCCUCACAUAUUUAGAGAGAGUUUCCCUGGGACGACGGCGAACGACUGCAAGAACAAAGGUGAUGAGGAUUGCCAAGGCGAUCCGGAUCAGUAUGGGAACCACCGGUCUCCGAAGAUUGUAUCUUUGAAGCAUCACUGGUGGUGGAUGAUGAACACUGUGUGGGAUGGAUUGGAGGAGAGUAGAGAUCACGACGGCCACCUCCUUUUCAUUGAAGAAGAUCAUUUUCUUUUCCCUAACGCUUACCGCAAUAUUCAGACUCUCGCGACGCUGAAACGCGCGAAAUGCCCUGACUGUUUUGCUGCUAACUUGGCGCCGUCUGACGUGAAGUCGAGAGGGGAAGGGUUUGAUAGUUUGGUCGCGGAGAGGAUGGGGAACGUUGGGUACUCUUUUAACAGAAGUGUGUGGGAGAAGAUACGCCACAAGGCGAGAGAGUUUUGUUUCUUCGAUGAUUAUAAUUGGGAUAUAACGAUGUGGGCGACGGUUUUCCCUUCGUUUGGUUCGCCGGUUUACACCUUGAGAGGGCCUAGGACGAGUGCGGUUCACUUUGGGAAAUGCGGGUUGCAUCAAGGUAGAGGAGGGGAAGGUGAUUGUAUGGAUAAUGGGGUCGUGAACAUUGAGGUUAAGGAAACGGAUAAAGUUGUGAACGUAAAGAAAGAAUGGGGAGUUCGGGUGUUCGAACAUCAGCCUGGUUAUAAAGCUGGUUUCAAAGGUUGGGGAGGUUGGGGCGACGAAAGGGACCGGCGUUUGUGUUUGGAUUUUGCCACUAUGUAUCGUUUCAAUAGCAGAGAUGCAUCUCCUUGAGUGAAGCUUCUUAAGACUUCCGAGUAAACUAGUGGUGAUAUAGUCAGUAACUCUGUCCUUUUCACGUGGUAUUGUGACACUGUUGGCCUCGGGUUUCUUGUUGUAUUUUUAUUGUUAUGUUUUGUGUGUAUUAUAUUGCUCAGUGCCUCUUUUUCGAAAAGAUUCUGUCGCAUUUCUUACUAAUCGACAAUAGUUUCAAAGUUGAUGGAAUCUUGAGGUGA